GUUUCCUGCUUUUUCUGCUGGACUGCCAAAACUGCACUGAAUAUUGCUCGUCGAUAGCAGGCACACAGCUCGGAUAUAGGACGCUUUAAUCAAAGCAUAAGGCUGUCGGACAUUUAUUUCACAUUCAGACAGCAAUGCGAAGGAAAUCGAGAAUGUUACUAUGCUUCGCGGUCCUGUGGGUGCUUGGCAUAGCAUAUUAUUUCUAUUCGGGAACAACGUUAAAUCGAAAGGAUGACUGGAAUGCUAUUGACUCAUCAAAUCAGGCCCAGGUCCACCGCAACGCAGAUGACCAAACCCACAGCCUGGAGACACUACCCUCAGGCAAGGUGAGAUGGCAAGACUUUGACCAGGACCUAUAUGUUGGUGCUACGGUGGUGCGGCCAGGGCAGGAUCCCUACGCCCGCAACAAGUUCAACCAGGUGGAGAGUGACAAGCUGAGGAUGGACCGCGGAGUCCCUGACACCAGACACGACCACUGCCGGCAUAAACAGUGGAAGACAGAGCUGCCUGCUUCUAGUGUGAUCAUCACUUUCCACAAUGAGGCCCGCUCGGCUCUGCUCCGCACCGUGGUCAGUGUUCUUAAGAAGAGUCCCCCCCACCUUGUCAAGGAGAUAAUCCUGGUUGAUGAUUACAGUGACAACCCUGAAGAUGGAGCCUUGUUGGGGAAAAUUGAGAAGAUCCGGGUUCUUCGAAACGAUCGACGAGAAGGUCUGAUGAGAUCGCGGGUGAGAGGGGCCGACACAGCCACUGCCAGUGUUCUCACCUUCCUGGACAGCCAUUGCGAGUGUAAUGAGCACUGGCUGGAACCACUCCUGGAAAGGGUGGUAGAGGACAAAACGCGUGUUGUUUCCCCCAUCAUCGACGUCAUCAACAUGGACAACUUCCAGUAUGUAGGCGCCUCGGCCGAUCUCAAAGGAGGAUUUGAUUGGAAUCUGGUCUUCAAGUGGGACUAUAUGACCGUGGAGCAGAGGAGGGUGCGUCAAGGAAACCCCACUGCUCCAAUCAAGACUCCCAUGAUUGCCGGCGGCCUCUUUGUCAUGGACAAGGACUACUUUGAGUUGCUGGGGAAGUACGACAUGAUGAUGGAUGUGUGGGGUGGAGAGAAUCUGGAGAUCUCUUUCCGCGUGUGGCAGUGUGGCGGCAGUCUAGAGAUCAUUCCCUGCAGUAGAGUGGGACACGUCUUCAGGAAGCAGCACCCAUAUACCUUCCCUGGGGGCAGUGGCACUGUGUUUGCUAGGAACACGAGGCGAGCAGCAGAGGUGUGGAUGGAUGAGUUUAAGAACUUUUACUACGCCGCUGUGCCCUCGGCCCGAAACGUGCCUUACGGCAACAUUCAGAGCAGGAUGGAGAUGAAGAAGAGGCUUGGCUGCCAGCCAUUCAAGUGGUACUUGGAGAAUGUGUACCCUGAGCUGCGGGUCCCUGACCAUCAGGACAUUGCCUUUGGAGCUCUGCAGCAGGGAGGGAACUGCUUAGACACUCUGGGACACUUUGCAGACGGAGUGGUGGGGGUCUACGAAUGCCACAAUGCUGGGGGAAAUCAGGUACCAUUCAGGGCUCAGGAAUGGGCGCUGACCAAGGACAAGUCAGUGAAGCACAUGGACCUGUGUCUGACGGUGGUGGAUCGCACUGCUGGCUCACAAAUCAAAAUGCAGGGCUGCAGGGAAAACGACAGCAGACAGAAAUGGGAGCAGAUUGAGAGCAACUCCAAGCUGCGGCACGUUGGCAGCAACCUGUGCCUGGACAGCCGCAGCGCACGUAAUGGGGGGCUGACAGUAGAGGUGUGCAGCCCCAACCUCAACCAGCAGUGGAAGUUCACACUCAACCUCCAGCCCUAGAGAGAGAGAGAGAUGGACAGACAAACAGAGAGAGAGUGUAUCCCCCACCAGCACCACAUCCUCUCCUCCCUGGAGCCAAACAGACUAGAGCCACCUAUUACCAACACACACACAGAUGGACGGACAGACUGAGGUCCCAGGAGGGGCCACAACACAGAGGGAAGCAGGAUAUUGAAACUACAGACUACCAAGUGGGAUGAUGAUGAUUUUAAUGUUGAUGAUGAUUUUAAUGUUGGUGGUGGUGAUGAUGAUAAUGCUUUCCCUCCAACUAUAUACCUCAGCAUUUCAUCUUUAGUCCCCCUCUUUGGAAUGUGAGAAAGUCAUUUUUCUUAUUACAGGCGAAAGAAACUUUCUGGAUGUUUUUUUAUUUUGUGCGUGUCCUUUGUUCUCUCUUUCCACUGAAGUUCUGAAAUGGAUAAGACUAUUAAUUAGUCGUUUUUCUCUCUCUAGUAAUCUGUCUUUGUUGAAUGUAAAAGAUGUAUUCUACAGAGGUUCCCUGACUAGACAAACUGGCCAGGAAGAAAAGUGGAUUGUCUCAGCUGGUUUUGGCCCCUUAAAGUCCUGCUGGUAGAAGGGAAAUGACUCUAUGCACUGUUCCUCUCGUUCACUCAAACGCCUCUCUCCUGAUUGGUGGACUGCUCUGCCAGAGUUGAAAAGAGAUUUAAGAAAAUUAACAAUUUCCAGAGUUUUCAUUCUGCUCCUGUCACGCGUGUUGUAAGAAGGUAGGUCAUCCGAUCAGAAGUGUUCUCUUCGCAGGUCUCUCGUGGAUACUGGUGGGGCCAGGAGUUGUCGAGGGUGUGGAUGUGUCGCUGCUGAAUCGUCACAGAUUGUAGCACUGGCUGCUACGGCUCCUCAGUGUUUGUCCCCUUUGUACAUCACAAUUGAAUGGAACCCCCCCCCAACAAAAUUAUUUUAUAUAUAUAUAUAUAUUCAUUAUGUUUUUCUUUAUAUUUCUUUGUUACUAUUGUUGCAUUCAGACAGUUCUCUUGUGAGUAAAAACAAAUCGACUUACUUUCUAAAAAAACAAAAAGGUUGUCCUUUUCAGUGUCGGUGUUACCAUUGCAUCCAAAUCAGUAUUGGUGAAGAGUUUAUUACAGGGUAAUGUUGGAACCAUCAUUUCCAUUCUCAGAAGUCCACAAAUGUUGUCUCACACAGUGUAUGUAUUUGUGAUUUGACAUGUUAGAAAAUGCCACUUGUUCAGCGCGCUAAGUGACAGACAGCAUGUACGCGGUACAGGGCGAGGCCUUGCUGCAUGUUAUACCAAUACUUCUACGGCUUUUUUCUCCUACAGUUUCUCUUUCUGUCCAUUUGUUUCUCGACAUUACUCGCAUGCUUUGUGAAUGAUGUCUUUGCCUUUUUUGAUAUCCAUCCCAUUUAAAAGAGAAUGUGUCUGUGUGCUAGUGAACAGCUUUCAACAGGUUUCUUGAAGGAGGGCAGGUCAUUCGGCUAUAGUUAACUGCACUCACAAGGGAGAAAAGCAAUAAGAUGUUCCUAUUUCAAUGUCAUUGUUGUGCAUUUAGCAUCUGCUUCGGGACCAUUCUGAUUGGGUUUCUAGAUGUAGCUUGUGAUAUGUGGUACUUUAAACGUUACUGUUUGUUUCUGAGGGGCAGCAGAACCCACCUUUAAUGUGAUGGCCCAAGGAGCCUAUAACGACUAAUGAAAGCAACAAUUAAUCCACUGACGUGACAUUGGUUUUGUCUCGUGGGGGUUCCCCUGAUAUCAAUGGACAUUAAUUUAUUCUAGAAUAGCAAAUGACUUAUUCUUUUGUAAGCCCUCAUUAUAUAUGCAUACAAUUUACCAUAAGAAAUCUGUGUAAGUCCUACACAUCAAUCCCUGUGUGUUCUACACCAUUCUGGUCAAACUUCCUGAUACAAAAGGAAUCUCCAACCAUCAGUACAGAAAUGAGCAUCACAGCGACGGAGCAUAUGCAGCAGCCCCUAUCUGACGCUUGUGGAAAAGGUAUUGCAUUUUAAAAAUGCCAAAGAGAGGUGUCCCACGGUAAGAGAGGUGUCCCACGGUAAGAGAGGUGUCCCACGGUAAGAGAGGUGUCCCACGGUAAGAGAGGAAACAGACCAUAAUAUUUUAUUUGCAGUUCAGAAUGUGAGAUCCGUGUGAGAGCAGGACUAUGAAAUCAUGAGAUGAGUUGGGGGUUGUAUCCUCCGUUAUGAGUUGGGGGUUGUAACCUCCCGUGUGAGAUGAGUUGGGGGUUGUAACCUCCGUUAUGAGUUGGGGGUUGUAACCUCCGUUAUGAGUUGGGGGUUGUAACCUCCGUUAUGAGUUGGGGGUUGUAACCUCCGUUAUGAGUUGGGGGUUGUAACCUCCCGUGUGAGGUGAGUUGGGGGUUGUAACCUCCCGUGUGAGAUGAGUUGGGGGUUGUAACCUCCAUUAUGAGUUGGGGGUUGUAACCUCCAUUAUGAGUUGGGGGUUGUAACCUCCAUUAUGAGUUGGGGGUUGUAACCUCCAUUAUGAGUUGGGGGUUGUAACCUCCAUUAUGAGUUGGGGGUUGUAACCUCCCGUGUGAGAUGAGUUGGGGGUUGUAACCUCCGUUAUGAGAUGAGUUGGGGGUUGUAACCUCCGUUAUGAGAUGAGUUGGGGGUUGUAACCUCCCGUGUGAGAUGAGUUGGGGGUUGUAACCUCCAUUAUGAGAUGAGUUGGGGGUUGUAACCUCCAUUAUGAGAUGAGUUGGGGGUUGUAACCUCCCGUGUGAGAUGAGUUGGGGGUUGUAACCUCCCGUGUGAGAUGAGUUGGGGGUUGUAACCUCCCAUGUGAGAUGAGUUGGGGGUUGUAACCUCCAUUAUGAGAUGAGUUGGGGGUUGUAACCUCCCGUGUGAGAUGAGUUGGGGGUUGUAACCUCCAUUAUGAGAUGAGUUGGGGGUUGUAACCUCCAUUAUGAGAUGAGUUGGGGGUUGUAACCUCCCGUGUGAGAUGAGUUGGGGGUUGUAACCUCCCAUGUGAGAUGAGUUGGGGGUUGUAACCUCCAUUAUGAGAUGAGUUGGGGGUUGUAACCUCCCGUGUGAGAUGAGUUGGGGGUUGUAACCUCCCGUGUGAGAUGAGUUGGGGGUUGUAAACCUCCCGUGUGAGAUGAGUUGGGGGUUGUAACCUCCCUUGUGAGAUGAGUUGGGGGUUGUAACCUCCCGUGUGAGAUGAGUUGGGGGUUGUAACCUCCCGUGUGAGAUGAGUUGGGGGUUGUAACCUCCCGUGUGAGAUGAGUUGACAAGUUUCACAUGGUAAGAGCUUUGAUUGCUAUCAUGUACGUCACUGUUGAUAUUGAAACAAUUCUAAUGUGAAAUUCAGGUGGCCUACAGUACUAAAAGGGAUUGCUCGGGUGAACAUUGUCUACAUGGUGGCAACGGUUGUUCAAGUAUUGAAUCAAGCCUUUUUUGUAAGAUUUGUGUGAAAAUGACAAGUUUGCUGUUCACUUUAGGAUAAAAAAAAAAGAAUCCUAGCAUUACAGCAACAUUUUAAUUGGAUGAAAUGUUUACAUAGCACAAUGUGCCAAAGUUAUUUACUUAUUUGAUUUACAUUGUCAAUACAAGGUGAAGGACGUGCCAUUGGCAUAAUGAUGACGAAUAAUAAACCAAAUCAAGAAAAUAGUAGUUUGGGACAUCAAAUAUGAUUUGUUCCUUUGAUAAAACGGUUUGCUGUAGGAUUCAAAUCACAGGGGAGGCAGCAUGGGGGUAACCAAUGUAAAAGUGUAUGUUUGUAUAUACACUACGUUGAUCUACUGUACAGUAUGAACAAGCAACACCAGUGAGUGGAUCUACUGUACAACGCUUGGAAUUGUUCACUGUUUUAUAGCUAUGGCAAAACUUUUACUUUAAAUUAGGAAAAAUGUACUUAAAUAAAUGCAUUUAUAUAUGAGA